CAAAAUUUUAAGUUUAACUGCAAGCCAUUUUGCUUUUUCUUUAUUAUUUUUUUUUUUUUGCUUUUCUCUUUUUUAUAUUGAACCAACAAGUCAACUUUCUAGAGUCAUGAACAAUGAAUAUUCUUAUUUGACCGACAUGCAGGAGAAUUGUAAACUGUAUGGCAUGGUGGAGAUCGAUCAAUUACGGGCCGUGUGGAAGAGCCGCAAGUUUGCGAUUCAGGUGCCGGACUCGAUAGUGCAGAGCGGGCUGUUGCCAUCGAUUUUCGACUGGCAGCUCCUGGGGCAGCUGAUGCCGGCCGAGCAGACAACUGCCGAGAUGCUGCUGCAGCAGCGUAUUAACGAUCUGGAGCUAUUGAACAGCCUGACGACAGCGCUGCAGCGCAUCCAGAUAGUGCCGGAGAUAGGGCUGGAUGUGGACGUGAUCAUGGGCCGACCCAGCUAUAAUGUGCUCGUGCAGGACGAUGGCAGCAUAUUGGUGAAGGAGCUGCCCAGCCUGCUGAUACAUGUGUUUGCUGCCGAGUCCCGGGCAGCCGCUGGACAGGAAUGCAUCAUGGAUGAACCGAACCUCAUGGCCUCGGAGCAAAGGAAACAACUCGCUGCACUUGUUGGCCAGAAGGCUACGCUAUUUUCCGAGUCUGGCAUCAUACAGUCUGCAUCGACUGGCGAACACCUGGCCGAGCCGGAGGAGUCCACAGAUGAGCCCACCGAGCUGCCCCAGGAUCCCAACGAAGAGCUGGGCCAGUUCGAAGACUUUCUCGAGCGCACUUGCAGCAGCCUAAAAAUCAAUCACAAAACGAUCUCAGAUCAGAUGGAGCACGAUCUGCCCGACACGCAGCCUGACGAUCUGGAUGUCAAUGUGAAUGAUGCGAAGGAGCAGCAGGAGCAGCAGGAGCAGGAGGAGCAGCAGCAGGAGCAGGAGCAGGAGAAGGAGGAGAAGGAGCAACAGGAGGAGAAGGAGGCGCAGCCAAUGCCAACGGAGGCCGCCAAUCAAAUUGUGGGGCCCAUCGAGACCAGAUUGAGACGUCGUCAGCCAUUUUGGAUGCGUUUCGGCAAUUGGCUACGCCAAAGCCUGCCACGCCUCUAAGCGAUAACAACGUCCAGUUUCAUAUCCCAGCUCUCAGCAUCGACACGCGAAACACCCUGUGAGAGAUCCCACUCCCCAACCUUCCUACCACCCUCUCGCUCUCCAGCCGCCCUUAACUUUGCCAUAGAAUCACAAAAUAAAGCAUAAUAACAUUGUUCAAUGAAUAGAUCGAAAAUAAAAACGCACACACAAGAAA